UCAUGUGGUACAAGCUGACUUGGAUCCUCUCAGAGCACUUGCUGGAGUACAAGCUCUUGGUCACAUUUGGAUGUCUCCUGGUGGCAUCCAUCUAUGGGCUGAGGUGGAGGAAGAGACAAUGUAUUCACAGAAGAAUGGAAAAGGAAAGGAAGAGGACAGGGGCCAGUGUGCAGUUAAUGAAGCAGGCGGUGGAGAAGUUUCACAAACUGAAUCCUGGAGUGGACAGCGGUGAUAUCCUGAGCCUGACGCUGCUGGAGCUGACAGAGAAGCUGCAGGACGGGUCCCUUUCUCCAGAAUGUGUCCUGUACUCCUAUGUUGAGAAGGCUCUGGAAGUAAACACCAGUCUGAACUGCGUGACCGAAUUUCUGUUGGACUGUGAGGCUCAACUCAAGGACCUUAGAGAGAAAGAGGAAAAGGGUCCACUGUACGGAGUCCCCAUCUCUAUAAAGGAACAUGUUGGUUAUAAGGGCCAUCCUUCCACGUGCGGCCUGGUUCAGUACCUUGAUGAGUUGGAGGAGGAGGACAGCGUCAUUGUGAAGGUUUUGAAGAAGCAAGGAGCCAUUGUGUUUGCCAGGACAAAUGUUGCCCAGACUCUUUUAUGCCAUGAAACCAGUAAUCCGAUAUAUGGAUACACACUAAACCCCCAUAACAGAGCCAAGGGGGCGUCAGGAUCUUCCGGCGGGGAGGGGGCAUUAAUUGGAGGUGGCGGUUCAAUUCUUGGUAUUGGAACAGACAUUGCUGGUAGCGUCCGGCUCCCGUCCAGCUCCUGUGGAAUUGCCGGAUUUAAGCCAACUUCAAACCGACUGAGCAUUCAUGACGUCCGUCCAAGUAUUGAUGGAAUGACAGCAGUGGCAAAUUGCAAUGGACCUAUGGCGAGAGAUGUGGAUGCUCUGGUACUUUCCAUGAAGGCUCUAUUGUGUGAUGAGAUGUUUCAGCUAGACCCAAGUGUUCCACCUAUUUAUUUCAAUGACAAGAUCUACUCCUCUACCAAACCUCUCCGCAUUGGAUAUUAUGAAGAAGACGGAUAUUUCCAGCCGAACCCCGCUAUGAGACGGGUUCUGCUACAAACUAAACAUCUUCUAGAGGACGCUGGACACAAGCUGAUCCCGUUCAAGCCUCCACGAGUGGCUUAUGCAAGUGGACUGUUCUGGAAGAUGUUAUUUGGAGAUAAUGGGGAAACAGUAGCAGAUAAAUUUAAGAACAACAUCAUAGACCCCAGCAUGGAGGAAACCGCACGUCUCUGUUUCAUGCCCAAUGUGGUGAAGAAGAUCCUGUCCUACAUCCUCUGGCCAAUAUAUCCCAGGAUUUCCAGUGCUAUAUAUUCCAGUCUCGGUGCAAGAUCUGUGAAGCAUCUCUGGAAGGAGCAGAUAGCCAUGCAGGAAUACCAGACAGAAUUCCUCACUGAAUGGAGAAAGCUGAAUCUAGAUGUGAUCCUAUGUCCCAUGCUGGGACCGGCCUUCAACAUCGGCUAUCCGGGGAAACUAUACGCUCCUCUCUCCUACACUUUGCUUUUCAACUUUUUGAAUUAUCCGGCUGGAGUUGUUCCUGUUGGUUCCGUCACUGCGGAGGACGAGGAAGAGCUGAAACAUUACAGAGGUUACUGCAAUGAUCCCUGGGACAAGCUGUAUAAGAAGGCUGUGGAAGGAGGGGUGGGUCUCCCGCUGUCCGUGCAGUGUGUGGCGCUCCCCCACCAGGAUGAGCUCUGCCUACGUCUCAUGAAAGAAGUCGAGACCCUUAGUGGCUGUCACCAGAAGAGGCGAUAAGACCCUAUCUUGCGUUUUGGCAGCUAAUGGGUUCAUGAGCCUAGAAGUGGGAAUUUACAGAGAGAACUAUAAACAUACAUCAUAAAUCUUUACUUCAUUAGAGAAACAUAUAUUGCUGACAGUGAUGUCUCCAGCGCUGUGGGAUUCCCGGACGCGUCCUGUCCGGGAUUAGGAAGCAUCCAGACUCCGUACAGUGCUGCUGAAUUCCAGACUGCCCAAAGGAAUCCCGGAUGGGUGGUAUCCCUAGCCGCAGGUUUUAUAACAAACUCACGUGGAUUCUUGCAGCAGAGCAUUUUCUUUAAUUGUUUUGUGUAUAAUAAUCAUUAGAAAAGUUCAGUUAUAUUAAACAUAUAUACGUGAACAUUAGUUAAACUUA